AUGGCCGCAGUCAGACUGCGGAAAGUGUUUCGAUAUCCCGAGGAAUCAGGUGGACGCGAGGAAUUGGAUGAAGAAGAACAGGAACGGGUUAUCGAGCUGUUGCAGAGCCAAAACGAUGCUCGCAACGCCCAGUAUAGUAUGGUUUUCACGGCCCUUCCAUUGUUGACUGCCGUCAUAUUCGUGCCUUCGGUUCUGUCAGCAUCCAGUCAGGCUGAACGAUUGUUCUCAUUCCUCGGCCUAGUCUCGUUGAUCACAACGGCCUAUAUCAUGAGAUGCUCUCCUCUCCAGCCAGAUCGCAAGGGCAAGAAGCCGAUGAAUGUACACAAUCAACGUGUUGCUCGAAUUCAUGCUGCUCUAGUACCGGGGAGUGGCAUGGUUUCCUUGUUGUUGGCUCUAGUCUAUUUUUCAACCGGAUCAUCUUAUGGGACACGGCCUGUAUUUUACUUGAUUCCUGGAGCCAUGCUCGCAACCAUUCUGAUCGCUCAAAAGGUCAUGCGCUCGGUUGAUCUGACAUCUCUCAAAGAAUUACAGUACGAGUACAAAGGUGCCUAA